AACCUCAGACAGUACAAGCUGCUACUGUUCCUCACUUUUACAGGAAAGCGUCGUUACAACGAUUCGACGUUAAAGAAAAAAAGAAACAACAAGAAAGUUGACAGUUGAAUUAUAUUAAGGUUCUGGAAGAGAAUUAUCGGACUCCGGGAUUUUACCGAAGUACAUACGUGUAUAAACGCAACAUUUAUUGACUGGAUAGGGAGUUCCCAAUAGGGUUCUUCAAUCCCGUAAUCCCGACUCCACAUUUCGUGCAAUCACGUAAUCCCAAUGUUUCUUUUUUUUCGGCAUGCCACCUCCAGCGAUAGUUUCAAUCCCGAAUCUCGCCCGGAUUUUUCUUUAAAAUCCCGAAUCCCGAGAUUCAAACAAGAGAAUUCCCGGAUCCCGAAAGAUCUCUUAAACACUGGGCGCGAUCCAUUCAACCAAAAUUCAGACCGGUCCGACCGGAAAAAGAGGACCACCUCAAAAGGUGGACCUGUUUUUUCGAAACUUUUCCGGUUGGACCGAACCGAUCCAUUGAGUUUUGGACCGAAAUUUCCGGAAAUUUUGGUUGAAUGGAUCGCGCCCACUAUCUGGGUAGGGAUUUUGCCGGUCGGAAAACGGGACUCGGCAAAGUCUCGGCCAGGGAUGCGUUACGGAAAAGAAAAUGGUGUUUGCAAUAGAGAUGAUGAUUGUCGCAAAAAAAAAUGAAUCUGGAAUGCGGGAUCAGAUGCCUCUUUCCAGAAGCUGUAACAACGAUGCUUUCCUUUCCGUCUUGAAAUUCGGAAUCCAUGGAAAUAAGUAGUUUUGGUUUUUGCUUCUGUUUUUCUUUUCACAGGAGAAGAAGCAGCCUUCUGUACAGUGUGCCGACAACAAAUGUGAUUGGCGCCAAAUCUGAGACAACUGAAAAAGGUACACACCGAAUUUGAAGAAAACGAAAUCUGGGAAAACUUCUGUCAAGAGAGUGAUGUGGGUUGUAUGUUACAAGCUAAACAUUCAGCUGGCAUUUCGGUUAGUCAUCUUGUUCACUACCUCGGUCAUUACUUAUGUUUUGAUUUCUCAAGAACAAAUUCUCUACCGUAGUUUUGCCGCUGACAAGGAGCCGUCCCACAAUAUUUUCAACAACAACACGCAACAAUUAACCCCAUUGAAACUGGGCACACGCAGUGCAUCCCAGGCCAAAGAGUGGGGAAGCAUUCCACAUCGAACGUAUUUGAUCUCACGCGCACCAUGCACCCAAACAAUAUUCCUUUUGAUUGUGGUGGCAUCAGCCCCUGGUAAUUUUGAUGCGAGAGCAGUUAUUCGAAGAACAUGGGGAAGUGAUAUGUAUCUGGAAAAACGAUGGGCAACCGUGUUUUUAAUCGGCCAAGCCAAAGAUAGGAACCAGAAUGAUUAUUUGGACGCUGAAGCUGUGAUAUACGGAGACGUUAUACGAGGGAGUCACAACGAUCAUUACUACAAUCUAACCCUGAAGACACAAAUUGGUAUAGAGUGGGCAGCAAGAUACUGUGAUUUCAGAUUUCUGUUGAAAGUGGAUGACGACGUCUUUGUCAGCCCUCGAAACCUGAUUGGUUAUCUGAAAAGGCCUGAGACCCCAAACGUCAACCUUUAUAUGGGAUAUUGUUUCUACAACGCACGUGUAUACCGUUUUGGUAGAUAUGGUGUAUCCAAGGAAGAGUACAAUAAAACUAAAUACCCAGAUUACUGCAACGGACCAGCAUAUCUGUUGUCAUCAGAUCUGGUAGACAAGCUUGCAGAAUUGCUUGACACCAAGAAUGUAUUUAAAAUGGAGGACGUUUACGUAGGAUUAUUACUGGAGAACAUAGGGGGAGUGAAAGCCACCCACCAUUCAGAAUUUCUAACUCGACGACAUUAUUCAUGCUCUCACUUCCCAAAUAUGUUUGCCUAUCACAACUCGGAUCACCGCUUAAAGUGCCUGGAGGAACUGUUUGAACAAGAGACAAAGAAAAUGUUUGAGUACGAACUAAAUGAACUUUCCAAAGUCAAAGCGUAG